CUCUCGCGCUCUUUCUUUUCUCUCUCUCUCCCUCUUUCUCUCGGGCGCUCUCUCGUUGUUUCUCCCGUAGACUCUACCGCUUCAUAUCGGGUUGACAAAUGACCAACCAGCCGCUCGGAUGCGCAGUGAAAUAUUUCUGCUGGAACAACUUAAGUCGCUGCGUACACAUGCUCAUAUGAUAGAUUCGUGUAAUUAUUAUUGUUUCGUGCGCCAUUUCUCAAACUUGGAACAAGCUUGAAGACACACGAAGAGAGAGUGUCACCUAAUUGGGAUGAGAGGUCAAGUCAAGUGAGCCGGCAGAUUGGACCUGUAAAGCCUCUUAACGCAGGUGGUGGCAGGAACAUAGCGCAAGGAGAGUGGGUUUGAAGUGUCUGGGUCUGUGUGCAUGUGUCAUUACCAGCAUAAAUAUACCCUGGACACAACAGAAAAGGAGUCAUCAAGGUCUGUGCGGUUGGAUUUGGAGGGGACUUGAUAGUUAUGGUUUCUCUGAAAUAGACGCCAUGAAGUUGCUUUGCGGGAGUUUGAGGGUUUAAAUCCGGAGAGGAGGAGAGCUGGGCGAACAGAGAUCACAAAAAGGGAGGAAGAGUAGGAGGAGAAGGAGGGUGUGCCACCAGCGUCGGAGCGCACAACGCGGUCCUCGAUCCCUUGACACAGGGAUGGAGAGCACAAGAGCGCACAGGAUAUCUCGGCCCAGUCCCAGAAGCUGGAGUGGAAAGAUCAAUGGGAAGCGCGUCAUGAGGUCUGAGCGGCUCCGGGGACACCUCCACCUGCAGCGUGUAAUGAUUUUUCUAACCGCACUUACGAUACAACCGCAGGCUGUGUCUGCUGUAGGGACGUUCGAGCUUCAGAUCCGUCACUUCCAGAACCCACAUGGACUCCUACAAACUGAAGACUGCUGCGACCUGCAGACAAGCGGGGGACAGCGCUGCUCUGCCAGGGACCAAUGUGACACUUUCUUCCAAGCCUGUCUCAAGGAAUAUCAGGCUCGUGUUGUCCCCACAGGAGCCUGCACAUUUGGGUCAGGCAGCACCGGCAUUCUGGGUGGAAACUCCCAAUCCCUCCGCCACAGAGGACAUGAUGGAGGAGGAGACGAUGGAACUAAUGGACACAUUGUCAUUCCUUACAAAUACGCCUGGCCAAAAUCCUUCUCUCUGGUGUUGGAGGCUCUGGACUUUGACAAUGACACAGAAUCAGGUCAGCUGAUCGAGCAGGUUCUCCUCUCCUCCAUGCUGAACCCUGGUGAACAAUGGCAAACCCAUCGUCACCAUGGACGCAUUCUCAGCCUUGAGUAUCGGCUCCGUUUCCGAUGUGACUCCAACUACUACGGACCGUUGUGCAAUAAGUUCUGCCGGGUUCGUGAUGACUUCUUUGGUCACUUUAGCUGUGAUCCCAGUGGCUCCAAAACCUGCAUGGAGGGCUGGACAGGACCAGAGUGCAGAGAAGCGGUGUGCAAGCAGGGGUGCCAUCAGGCCCAUGGUUUCUGUACUACACCUGGAGAAUGCACGUGUCAUUAUGGCUGGAAGGGUCCUCUAUGUGACCAGUGUUUGACAUUCCCCGGCUGUGUGUAUGGGAGCUGCACUGAGCCUUGGCAGUGUGUGUGUGAUGUCAACUGGGGAGGACUUCUCUGUGACAAAGAUCUCAACUAUUGUGGUACCCACCAGCCUUGCAAAAACGGCGGGACCUGCACUAACACAGAGCCAAAUGAAUUUCAAUGCGAGUGUCAGGAGGGUUUUCGAGGUCGCACCUGUGACAUUGUGGAACACGCAUGUUUGUCGUCCCCGUGCAUGAAUGAAGCCACCUGUGUGGAAGACCCAACCAGCUUCAGCUGCAUCUGCACCCAUGGCUGGACUGGACACACCUGCACAGAUGUGGUGAGACAGUGUGAUCGCAGCCCUUGUGGCCGUGGAGCGACAUGUGAGGAAGCUCCAGAAGGUUUCCGAUGUCUUUGUCCACCCGGAUGGACUGGCAGGACGUGCCAGCUGGACACCAAUGAAUGUGAAAUGAGUAUAUGCGUCCACGCCCGCUCUUGUCGCAACCUGAUCGGUGGAUACCUGUGUGACUGCCUUCCUGGAUGGACCGGGUCCAACUGUGACAUCAGGAACAGCAGUUGUCAGGGAUUGUGUUUGAAUGGUGGACGUUGUGAGGACCAGGUGUCAGGGUCCAGAUGCUUGUGUCCGCCUGGAUUCUCUGGGAAAUAUUGCCAAAAUGGUCCAAGUCCGUGUGACAGCGUUCCCUGCAUGAAUGGAGGACAAUGUGUGGAGAAGGGUGGCACGACAGCCACCUGCACCUGUCCUGCAGGAUAUUCAGGAAUUCUCUGUGAGAUAGUACUAGAUUUAUGCAAUCCCAACCCCUGCCAGCAGGGGGUGCAGUGUCACAUUGUAGAGGGCAGGAACAUGUGUGCAUGUCCAGACGGCUACUAUGACAAUGAGUGUGUGAGCCUCAAAAAUCCCUGCAUUGGUCAACACUGUCCAGGUGCUAUGUCUGACACAACACACGGGGGUCUCAGCUUCUACAUGAUCCUGGUGGGAGUCUUAGCUCUAGUGACGGUCUGUGGCUGUGCUGCCUGCGUCUUCAUCCUCUCACACCUCCAUCGAAAGCGGAAAAAACAGCAGGCAGUCCCACAAGAAGAAGGCAUCAACAACCAGAGGGAGUUUGUCAACCUCAUCAGAAACGUGGACCGUCCUGUGCCCCUUCAGCCCCCUGCUGCCCCUUUCGCACACACACCAACCCCUGCACCCGUCUCACAUUGCUGUGAGGAGAUUGAACUGACCCUGCCACCCUCUCCAGCUCCUUCACACCUUUCUCCAGCGCUAAAGCCAGCUCAUGCCCCCAAGCUGGACAUUUCAAACCUAGAGAGGGAGAAGUUGAACCGCUUUCACUACACAGAUAAUCCAGAACUGGAAGUUUGACCCUGUCCUGAACUUAUGAGUCUCUGAGAAGCUCUGCUGAUUGAAUUUUGCGUCCGUAGCACUUUCUUGCUCACAGGACCUCAUCUUCAGUUACUUGCACUGUGUCAAUGCUAUGAUAAUUGUGAUGGCAAAGGACCUUCACGUGCUCAAAUAACUUCCAACAUAAGAGCAAAGGCUUCUGUGGAAGGGUUACAAGACUGCAUCAUCUUUGAGCCUAUUGGGGGCUGUAAGAAGUACCAGAUGUAUGAUGCUUGACUGAAAGAUUCAACCUAGAGAUUUAAAGAGCUGCCUUGGAGUGCCUAAGAUAAUGCAAGGAGUGAACAGAUGAUCCUCCUCUGUGGGGGUCUCUAAACAUAUGUCCUGGUCCACGAUGCCAUCUGACUGAUAUGCAGAACCAAUUUCUAUUUCGUACUGAACUCUGACAGAGAUAUCAGAGAAUUGAUGCCUAUUUAACACUUGGUGUGUUUAUGUGUUUGGUUGUAUGUCAGAGUGCCUGAGAGUGGAAGAAAGAAUGUAUAUUAUGAGUGUAUGUGGGGAAAAAAUGAAGUACAGAAUAUUUACUUACACAAAUGAAAACAAUGCUGAUGUACUUGUCAAAAGGGAGUUCAGACUCCUGAACAAAGGGCUUUUAAGCCAUCUGUUUUAAAGCUAUACACUGUUGCCUGUAUUGUAUCUGUAAUACUGCGGUUUGUCAAAGAUGUAUGAUUUUUUUCAUACCCGUGUGUAAAAUAGCUUUUUUGUACAUAAAUAUAUUGUACAUAUUGAUGCUUUUUUGUACUGUGAUUCUUUCUGGAAGUAUCGCUGCAUCACUUUGCUUUUUUGUCUCGCUUUCCAUUCGGAACAACUAGCACAUGUGGAUUGUAAUAAA